GGGAGUAUUCCUGGAGAAACCAGCCUUCGUGCACCCACCAGAAGAUGAGCUACCAAAUGACUGAAAAUGCAGGAGUCACAGCACCAGCCUCACUAUGAGCAAGACCGGAGCGCGCUUAAGCGGAAAGAAUGGGAGAGAAGAAAUCAAGAAGUCCAGCAAGAUGAAGAUCUUUUUGCUUCAGGUUUUAACCUAUUUGGGGAACCCUACAAGACAAAUAAAGGUGAUGCCCUUGCAAACCGUGUCCAGAACACGCUGGGAAACUACGAUGAGAUGAAGGACUUGUUAACCAACCAUUCCAACCAGAGCCACCUUGUAGGAAUUCCAAAGAAUUCUGUCCCACAGACUCCCAUUGAUAAAAAUGAGCAGAACUUUUUCCCAGAACAAAGAAACAGGAUGAUCCCAUCUCAUCAGCUCAGUGGCCACUCGUCCACAUCGAUGCCUCCCCCCUCUUCAUUGUCAUCUAAUGCUACUUUGCUACACAGUCACCAGAGCAGCAGGAAGUCCAGGACAGACUGGUCUCGUGGUGGUCACAACUCUAAUGGGGCCCAGCCAAGCCAGUCCAGCAGUCAACAGAAUAGGACAAAGCAUAGCUCUUCUCACGACCAGCCACAGGGCAGAUAUGAAGACCUCUAUAGUUGUCAGAGUGAGCAGCAUAAAAGUGGAGGAGCGGAGGAAGCAAAUUCUAUGGCAACAUCUUCACAUUCGAGGAGGCACACUCAUUCAAAGUCAACAACUGGAGAACAUUCUUACAAAGAAAACAGUCAUUCAAAGUCACCAACAGAGCUUGAGUUUGCAGGUCAUGGUCCUGGAUCUCCAAUUCCUUCUACAUCUUUGUUAUCUGCAAACAAUGGUCUUUCAACCCAGAAUUUCCCACCAGGACUUCACUGUAAAACUAGCAUGGUCCAGCAAAAGCCUACAGCUUAUGUCAGGCCUAUGGACGGUCAGGACCAGGUCCCCAAUGACUCACCUGAACUCAAGCCUCCAAUAGAAAUUGAGAGUGGAUAUGGAAAUCAGUCCUUUGGAACACUGUUGGAAGGAAAAGUGAGCACACCUAGUUCGAAGAAUAAAGUACCAAAGCUUAACAUUCCUCCUGUUAGUGAAGUUACCCUUCCCAAUGACUCCAGCUGUGUGGAAGAAAUAUUACGGGAAAUGACCCAUUCCUGGCCUCCUCCUCUUACUGCUAUUCACACUCCUGGCAAGGCUGAGCAGACCAAGUUUUCUAUCCCAAGCAAGGACUCCCAACAUCUGACCUCAGGAUACAAUGUGCAAAAGUGGAGUGAUCCAGCAGGGAAAGUUGCAACUAAGUCAGUGCCACAAAAGUCAAUGCUUGAGGAUGAUCUGAAACUCAGCAGUGAUGAAGAUGACAAUGAACAGGCUGCUGAAAAGACAAAAUUGAGAAACAUUCCUGUCAAAGGGUUGCCUUCUCCAGCCCAGCACAGCAGGUCACUGCGCCAUCCCAGUGGCGGCUCCGGGAGCUCCAGCGAGUCGGAGAGCAGCUCCGAGUCCGACUCGGACAGCGAGAGCAGCUCCAGCGACAGCGAGUGCAACGAGGAGUCGCGCAGUGCCACGCCGGAGCCUGAACCCCCGUCAACAAACAAAUGGCAGCUGGAUAAAUGGCUGAAUAAAGUGAACCCCCACAACAAGACCAUCAUCAACAGCCAGAAUGAGACGCACAGCGAGGCCAGCUCUCAGCCGCAGAGCAACCAGCAGACCGAAGGGCAAAGCAAAGGGAAGCUCAACAGCAGCCUGCCCCCGACCGAUUCCAAAGACCGGGCGAUCCUUAGUCCCAUCCGAGAGAAAGCCAAACCCCGGGUUGCCCAGAAAACCCCAGAGGCAAAAAGCUCCAAGCAGAAGUCGCCAGCUCAUAAUGAGCCAACUUCACAAAGGACUACUGGGAAAAAGCAACCCAAAAAGGUAGAAAGGACUUCCAGUGUAGAAGAGUAUAACUGGCCCAAACCAAAUAAUACCAGCAACACUCCCAAAGAAAAAGACACACAGGAACCCCCUGAGCAGCCAAAGGUUCGAACUAAAGCAGCAGUUGGGAAGACCGCUCCGAGGAAAGAACCACGGACCAGCACAGGGCUCGCUUCUGAGAAGAAAAAGUACAGAGGCCCCAGCAAAGUUGUCCCUAAAUCCCGGGAAUUCAUUGAAACUGAUUCAUCUACUUCUGACUCAAACACAGACCAGGAGGAGAGCUUGCAGGCUAAGGUACUGCCCGCUUGCAGUGGGCCCGUCAAUGGCAUCAAAGUGAAGGACUCUGGCAGUAACAUCCUCAGCGUAAGUAGUUUAACUAGCAACGGCAGCAACACAUCCAUUGACCAGACCAGCAAUGAUUUGGAGGAGCAGCUCUUUUCUCCUAUCCCAAUAGUACAAAAUGAACUUCUGUCCCCACUGAGAGAAUAUGAAGAACUCAAAUCUCUUUGGGUGAAAAUAGACCUUAGUUUACUCUCUAGGAUACCUGGACAAGAGCCUUUUGAGACCACGUCUGUGAAAAGCGAGCCAAGGGAGGCCAAUGUGAAACAUAGACGACCGUCUCGAGAGUCCCCUACCCCAGCAGCUGAAAAAACGUCCACAAAAUCCAAAAGGAAACACAAGCAGUCUGAAAGCCUGGAUACCUUUGUUGAAAGCAAGAAACAGCGCCUGGAGGAUCCUUCAGCUUCAUGCCUACUCCCACCUUGUAUCUCUCCAAUACCGAAUCACAGAUUAACCAGCACUAAAGAGAGCAGCAGUAGCUCAGUGAAGAAGGUGGCAAAGAAAAGAGAAGAGAAGCUGUUCCCUCCUCCCUUAUCCCCCCUGUUGGAUGAGCCAGUGCACAGGCGGCACAGCAGCGACAAUAGCUCCUUCAGCCAAGAGACCAACAUCACUAACACCUCUCAGACCAGCAGCUCAUCCUCCUCUGUUUCUAAACACAGAAAGAAUGAGAAUAAAUCCUCUUCUAACCCCAAAGGAAUCUGUGAGGAAGAAUCCCACAAUACACCAACAGCCAACGCUCUUCUUGACACCAGCCAUCUAGAAGCAGACAUCUGGUCUGCAAUGCCAGCACUUUCCAAUGGCAACUCUGAGCCCCGAAGACCUAAAAUAACAUUUGAUGAUGUGCUUCACAAUGCAGAUUAUUACAUGCAAGAGGCUAAGAAGCUAAAGCAUAAAGCUGAUGCACUGCUGGAGAAGUUCGGCAAAGCAGUGAAUUAUGCUGAUGCUGCCCUCUCCUUCAUCGAGUGUGGCAACGCUAUGGAGCGAGAUCCAUUAGAAGCUAAAUCUCCAUACACCAUGUACUCAGAGACUGUGGAACUCAUCAGGUAUGCAAUGAGACUCAAGAAUUUCACAGGCUCUUCUGCCACAGAAGGGGACAAGAAACUAGCAGUUUUAUGCUACCGAUGCUUAUCACUUCUCUACUUGAGAAUGUUUAAGCUAAAGAAGGACCAUGCUAUGAAGUACUCCAGAUCUCUGAUGGAAUAUUUUAAGAACUCUUCAAAAGCCUCACAGGCACCCUCACCUUGGGGCGGCAAUGGAAAGUGA